GAGCCAUAUUUGUUGUGGAAGUUGUAAGGAUCGUGUUAUGGCGGAUUUUUAAAAGGAACCGGGUAGAUUGUGUCUGAUCUGAUGAGUUAAAGAUACAGAUUUAAUGAAUGGAGCCGUAUUUGCAAAAAUACCAAAGUCAGCAAGAAGCACCAUUAAUGAAAAAUGUUAGGACAUCAAAGAGCAAAUCGGUGCAUCCAGAGCAGUGUUUACAGAGCUUGGUUGACCAGUUGGCUAGCAGUUCUAAGUGUUCAUUAAAGAGAGCACCGCUGGGCCUAACGAUGGAAGAUCUUGAGCAGACUAGUCAUCCUGAGCCGAGGGAACCCUUUGGCAGGGACAAAGUACCCGGAAAUAGUAGAGAUUGCUUGAGGAGAACAAAAGAAAAGGCUUUCUCAUCUCAAUCUGUGUCCUUCCUAAGCAUUGAAGAAGAAAACAACCAGUUACGAUUAAAACUGAAUUCUCUGCGUGAGCAAAAUGCAUCCCUGUCCACGAAAAACCAAUCGCUAAUAAAUAAAAUGGAGGCCGUUCAAGCUGAGUUAAUAAAGUCAAAAACACGGGUUCGUUUUUUUGAGACUAAUCUCAGAGCCCACGCUUCUCAUGUCCCAGAACUCGAGGAGCGUGUUGUGAGUUUAGAAGCUGAAGCAGAGAUUAAUGAGAAAGCUUUGCGGAAAACAGAAGAGCAACUCGAAAACAGUCGCCAUAUAUUAGUCGAAAAGGAGAGUAUAUUACAAAAGUUCAGAGAAGAGGUGAAGAAGCUGAAAGUUGACCUGUAUGAAUCCAACAAGCAAUGCAAAAGGGCAGAAAAACAGAGGAAUGAGGCACUUUUCAAUGCUGAAGAACUGACCAGAGCUUUUCAGCAGUACAAACAGAAUGUAGCCGAGAAAGUGGAAAAGUUUAAGCAUCAAGAAGAGCUGAUCAACAAGAAUUUUACAAACUGCGAAAAGGAGCGAAAGGAUCUUCACGAUCAACAUGCAAUGUUGGAGAAAGAACUUGAAAGCACAAAGGAGCUUGUAAGGAUCCUGAAAUCAGAAAAAAAUAAAGAACAAGAAAAGCAGAUGUGCGUGGAGGGAAAAAAUGCCGAACUCAUUUCUCUUUUGACUCAGUCUAAUCAAAGGAUUCUUAAACUUGAACAUGAACUUGAAAGUAAGGAAAGAAUUCUUAAGGAAAAUACUGUUCUGCUGCAAGAGAAUAAAGAAUUGAAAGACUUUAUCAAUCAACAAGCUGUUCAGAACGGAAUGAAGAACUCUGGAACAAGCUCAAGGAGCCGGGAACAGAAAAAUUCUGAACACUCAGCUGAUGAAAUCUCCGGCUCUUCCGCAGACGCCAGCAAACGUGUCAACUCAGACCUUAGGGCACAAUCAUCGGUUAAAGUUGUAGAAGAUCAAGAACUUCAGGCCAGAUUGCACAAUACUGAUAAUUACAAGGGGAAUGUUGCAUUGCAAGCGCUGGACACCGAACCGGUCAAGUUAAUCUCGCAGCAUUCAGAGGAGAACAGGCAUCUGCAGCUCCAAAGUAUUUGUGAUCAGUUGCAAACAGAGAAAGAGCGCCUCUCUGCGCGUGUCAAGGAACUGCAGGAAAAGCUGGGUAAAACGCAGACCGAAGCCAUCAACGCCAAGCUUGCAAUGGCCCAGAGAACCGGCCAGUUCCAAAUCAUACAACAAGAACUCAUGGAAAGGGCUUCCAAAGCAACAGCUUUAGAACAAGAAGUAUCAAAGAAAGCUCUAAAGAUCUCCACUAUCCAGAAGCUGCUGGAAGAAAGGACAGCUGCUUACUCCACGGCGGUUACCCGGAAUACAGAACUAGAACAAGAACUCAUGAACCAUAAAGAACAAAUAUAUCAUUUAGAAGAAAACAUAAGUAAAGAACACCAGGAGGUACUGUUGGCGUUUGAGAGGUCCAAAAAUAUCCACUUGGAUCAACACAAGGAGCUGCAAGAACAAAUUGAGCAUCUUCAGUGUCAGUUGGAUGUAAAGAAUCUUCAGAUAUCAGAACAAGACCACACAAUAAAGGCUUUGCAACAAGACACGGCAUCAAAGCAAAGGCAGCUUGAAUCUCUGGAUGAUAUCCUCGCUGAAACGAGAAGGGAGCUGGACCUUCAGGCAAAGAACACAAAAGAUGCAAUGGAAGUACUCGAGAAUCAGGUAGAAGAGGAAACCGCAAAGGUCCGGCAGCUUGAGUCUGCUCUCGCCCUAUGUAAGGAAGAACUGUUGUUAUAUUUGCAACAAUUAGAAGAAAACAGAUUGAACUUUGAAAAUCAAAUCAAGAGGAAAUCAGAAGAGGUGCAGCGGUUACAGGAGGAAGUCAAACUCCGAUCGCAGAACCUUCAGGAAACCAAUGAAGAAAAUGUGCGUCUUCAACAAACCCUCCAAAGGCAGCAGCAGAUGUUGCAACAGGGAACUUCACGGAUUGGGGACUUGGAAGACACGCAGUCGGUGCUAGAAAAGCAGGUGUCCGAUCUUGAACUCAAAAUGGAGAAGCAAAGAUGUAAGUCAGAAGAAGAGAUGAGAAAGACUGGGGACGAGUUCAAUGCCGCCACUCAGGAGCUAAAUCUAAAGACUCAGCAGGUUCUUGAUCUUAGCAGUACCCUCAAGCAGGUGCAGUUUGAAUUAGACCGUUCUAAGGAGAAGCUGACACAGUUGGAGGGGGAACUAGCAUCUGCCAGGUGUCAAGCAGACACAAAGUCCAACACAUUGACGGAAAUGGAGAUGAACUGGCGAAAAGCACAAGCGGAACUUGAGAAGAAAAGUCAUCACUUGGCCGUGUUAGAAGAGAGAUUACACGGUGCAGAGAAUACCGUUAAAAUGCAAGGUGCGAUGGAGUCCGACAUACAGCAUAUGAAAGAACAGCUGCAGGAUAAUGCAAGACAAAUACAGGAGCUUCAGGAGACGUUGACAAAAACGCACUUAUCCCUGGAGGAGAAGCAAGCAAUCGUGCAAGGUCUAACAGAAGAACUUAGAACGUGUAGAAGGGAACUUGAGGAAAGAGACCAUGAAAUACUUGACAUGGAUCAAGCGCUAAAGGACAGAAACUGGGAGCUGAAGCAACGAGCUACACAGCUAACCCAGUUGGACAUGAGUAUCCGGGAGCAUAAGGAAGAAAUGCAACAAAAAAUUAUUCGACUGGAAAGCACUUUGGAAAAAUCAGAGUUGGAAACCAAGGAUCUUAUUAAACAAAUUACAUCUUUAGAUGAAAAAUUGCAAGAAUCCAGAAAUCAGCUCCGGGAGAAAGAUUUCGAGAUUCUGCAGAAAGAUCAAGUGAUCCAUCAGCUCAAAAACGACAUCGAGAAACAUCAACUGACUAUUGGGGAUUUAGAAAAGACACUUCAAGCCCAGAAGCAAUGUAUAUCCGAGCAGCACCAGGACGGCGUGGAUCUCAGCCAGCAGGUCAGGGCGGCACGAGAGCGCAUGCAGCUCGCUCACCUCGAGCUCCGAGAGACCCGACAGCAGCUGGCCGAGGCUCGCAAAGAAUCAGAAGACACGGAUCACCGCUCCAGAGAAAAGCUAGAACACAUAAAACAAGAAUUAGAAGAAGCACAAGACACAAUCUGCAAUCUAAAGAUAGAGCUCGAGGCCAGAAAUGAGGUGAUUAAAGCAACCAACGACGUUCUUAUCCUAAAGGAAUCUGAGUUAACAAGGUUAAAGACCCGCAUUUCAGGGUAUGAAAGAACAUUAGCCCUCAAACAACAAAAUACAUCUGUUAUGCAGUCUGAGGCGUUUCAUGAAUUCAAGCCACUGGACGCAUCUAAUGAAUGGAAGAUACGAAGGUCUGUGAGCGCAAGCGAUGUAAGUCUGACCGACCUCAGCUCACUGGAUCUCCCCAAAAGCAUGUUGGAGGAUAUCAGGAACAUUUUGCCUGAUUCGCUAAAGAAUCCCAACGAUGGGCCGCACCACAUGUCUUCAGACAGUAUCAACGACUCUUCGUUUAACCCUCUUGAGUACACGGUGGAUGAUAAAUGCGAGGCUGCCUCCGACUGCACAAACCUGGACACUCUCAGUGGAAUGCUUAAAUAUAUUAAGAAAGAGAUGAGAUUAUCAGCCGUCUCCACGGCAUGUAGUCCUACGAAGAAUAUGUGGGUUGGUGACAGAUGCCAAGGAAAACAGAGUUAAAUUUUUCCUGGAUCUGCAAUCACAAAGGAAAUUAUUCUACGCCUUCCGUAGAAAACAUUUGGAUGUGUUUUUCUUGAAGAAAUAUUUUAAUUUAUAAGUGAUUUUUACCUUUUUGAUACUUUGUAUAGUGAAUCAUGUUUAAAUAUUAAAGUUUUGUUUACAAACUAUG